AUGACUCAUUUCUAUAAUUCUCCACAAAAACGUGCGGUUCUGUCCGGGACAAGCUCAUGCACUAAUGAUCUUGUCAUUCUGGCCAAUAUUAUCCACUCAGCACCCAGCCAACCAAAGAAAGCAAUUGUUGAGCAUUCUGUACGUUUAAGUUUUCACAAUGAUUUGCCGAAAAGUGAAGGAAGUGGCGAAAAUUCACCCAAAACUACCGUCAAACACCAUGCUAAAACUCUAUUUAUGGUUCCUGAACGGACACAAUCGGGGAUAAGUGGCUCGAAGAAUUUAUUGCCGUCCAAAUGUCUUCCAAAAACACUCCAUGAAGCAAAAACUGUUGUCGGAAAAUCUCUGAUUGUUGGAAGUGAGAAAUUGACUGAUGAUAAAACGCCGGAAUCAUCGGUGGAUUUUACGCAGUUGACUGUAUUAUCAGAUGGAAAUGAUAAACAAUCAUCAAAGACAUUAACAGAAUCAACCACCAAGGAAGCCAGAAAACAAAUGAAAGAAGGAAAUGCAUUGAAAUCUAACAAAGCAUCACAAGAAGCUCUCACACAAAAUAUUUCAAUAAGAAAAGGAUUAGGUGAUACAAAAAGGAAGGGAAAACAGAAUUCGGAAGUAGAGGAAUCAGAAAGUGUGGGAGAGAAGAGUACUGUUUCUGCCAGUGUUGUUUCGACGGAAGAUCCCAAGCAGUCCGGAAGAUCCCAAUCAGUCCGGCAAUCUCCAUCACAACCGAUACAACCAGGAUGAAAAACUGAGAUUCUUUUUUUUUCCGAUGAGAAAGUUACAUUUUUUUGAAGAUAUUUGAAGAAGUCUCUUAUACCCGUGUUACCGCGAUAUUCAUUCCCUGUCCAUUUGCUGAUAGUACUUUGUAUUAAAUAAAAUUGUUGCUUCUGAAAGAUGUUGCUGAUGAUGACG